AUGGCCGCAAAUUGCAUCUUCUGCAAGAUCAUCAAGGGUGACAUUCCCAGUCUGAAGCUCUUUGAGAGUGAGAAGACGCUCGCCUUUCUCGACAUCAAUCCUCUUGCUUACGGCCACGCGCUCGUCAUCCCCAAGCACCACGGCGCUAAGCUGACCGACAUUCCCGACGACGCCCUGUCGGAGCUCCUCCCCGUGGCCAAGAAGAUUGCCGCUGCCCAAGGUCAUGCCAACUACAACAUCCUCCAGAACAACGGCCRCUUGGCCCAUCAGGAGGUAGAUCACGUCCAUUUCCACGUCAUUCCCAAGCCCGACGAGGAGCAGGGCUUGGGCAUCAAGUGGCCUCAGCAGAAGACGGACAUGGACAAGCUCAAGGCAUUGCUGGAGGAGAUCAAGGCGAAGAUGUGA